AUGCCGGAUCGUCGGUCGUUCGUUCGACUACGCGCGACCCUUUCAGGAGGUUCAUACGCAGCUCGGGCCCGAAUGAUGGAGGAAGCGCCGCUGGUUGAAGCUCGCGCGGUUCGAGAGUAUGCGGUGUGGCCCUUCCCAUGGCUGCUUUGCUGGAUUUUCUAUCUAGCCGGCGUGGGACUGCUGGCCCACAUCCUCGGCCUCAUCCUUUGCUGCCGCUGGGCGCGUCGGCUUUGGGACGAUUGGAACCUCUUCCCUCUGCGGGUUCCCCAUUGGAGGCGCUGGUGGGCAGAGGGAAAUGGACGAAAGGAGGACUCGGACACGGAUCAAGAAGAACCGGAACCCUGGUGCAUGGACACCCCAGCCUCGAUGCAUUGGAACGGAUUGGACCUUGAGGUAAAGGAGGCUGACGCUCGAACCGACCUCGCCCGUGAGAACGCCCUGGGCUCGUUUGUUGGCAAUGGAGAGCUCUGGGAACCAUCGCAGAACACCGGAACGGCCAGGAGAGACGAGGGCAACUUCGACCCGAUUGGACGCCCCGUCGACAUCGGCGGAGACGAGGGCUUCAGUGGAUUGGAUGGCAUGGAAGAUGAACUGGGGGAGAAGAUUCCUUGUGACGAAGGUGACCGCAGCUUCGAGACCAAGAGAAAGAGGAAAGACCUGCCUCAACAACCUGAAGCAGAACCCGCUGGAAGCAAGAACCGAAAAUGGAUGAAGGCCAUCCAGACGGCCAAAUUCUUCAAACUUAAUCGCAACAAAGGUUCCAGAGCAGUGCACAACUUCAAGAUGGGCUAUUAUGUGCAGAAGGCUGGGAAGUGCUCGUACCGUACCCGGCCCAAAGAUUGCUUGGUGCUGAAUGUGGGCAGGCCAGAGGAGGCUUACGAUGCGUGUACUGCCAUUAUGUGGGCAAGGCCUUGUGACUUCCCGAGCUUGCCUCCGGAUGCCAAAGUGGAUGAUAUGGCUGACUCAAACCGCCAAACCUCCAGGCCCAAGUUCUGGUGGCGCGACGCGGAUGAAGAAGAAGGUCAGUCCUUUUGGGAAGAAGGCGAAAGCCAAAGCCGUGUUGCCCUCAUUCAUUUGGAAUUUGGAUUGCUACGCUUGCACAGAGCGGCAGUGAUGGGUUUGCUGAGGUCCUUAGAUCCCCCUCAAGAAGUACAGCAGCUACAGCAGCCAUUGAUAGGCAAACGGAAAGGUCCCGAUCAUACUUUGCAGAUGCGGGAGCGUGACCCUCGACAGGGUCAGCUGUCUUUGCCCAUGGUCUCCCAUGAAGGUCAGUGCAGGUAUCAAUAUCAGCUUGUGGUGCUUUUGGCAUCUCAGUGGUCUCUGCUUUGUGGGGCGAUCACAUGGUUGGUGCUGCACGUGUCCAUGGAACGACAGUCGCAGGUGAUUGCCGGUCUUCUGGCAGUCCUCACGAUCCUCGCUCUUUUGUUGUGCAACCUAGUCUAUAUGCUGCAACGGAGAAGGUUUGUUCACGCUGCAGGUGAAACUCCAAAGGAGCAUGAUGCUGUGGCAAGCAGGACUAGCCACGAGAUCGAGGCUUUCGGAUGUCAUUCCCCCCCAAGCUGCCACUGGGCCUUCUUGUCUCCAAAAAUAGAUCUUGCUUUGGCUUCCAUGACUCCUGCCUUGGAGACAGAUGUGCCACUGCACUCUGUCCAGCCGACUGAUCUCUUCGAGGACGGCCCAGCGAUCAGGCCUGUGCAGUCCGAUGGUGGACUCUCAGACAACUUCAUCGGGCACAUCAUGUCUGGAAGGUCAACUUGCCUCACAAAUGCGCGGCCCUCCGACAUCGAGAAAAACGUCUCAGACGGAAGUGAGAGGCAGAAAAAAAAUGUUGAGUUCCACGAGGAACCCCACAGAAGUAGUCGUGGCCGCUGGAGACCCCUUUUUCCAACAAUGUCUUCACUGGCGAUGUCUCCAACUGCAAGCCGCGGUAGCAUGAGCACUGGCUUGGGCGAGUCGCUCAGACGUGGUGGUUCCAAGUUCAAAUUUGAGACAGAGGCAGAAGUAGAAGCAUCAUUGCGAAAGGAGAUUACACGCCACACCCUUGACGUGGACUCUGUUUUCAAGCGAGGGUCGUCUCCAUCACCCUCCAUGACGAGUCAACAGAGCCAGAUUUCGAGUUCCAAGAAGGAGGGCUUGAAGAGCAGCCGUGCAAGCAGCUCAAGCGGCCUGUCAGAUGUUUCUGGUGAUGGCCAGAGAACAUCCUGA